UGUGUGUACGCGCGCGGUGUUGUGCGCCAGACAGCUGCGUGCGUGUGUGCGCGAGAGUUUUGUGCGCGUCCGCUACGGUGCUCGCCGGCUGCUGCCGCUCUGCCGCUCGCUCGCCGCUACCGCUCGCUAUAUAGUCGCCGCCGCCGCCGCCGCCCGAUCGUCUCCGUGCGUGUGCGUGCGGCGCGUGUGCGUGCGAGCGUGCCCAUCGCGCCGGCAGAGCGAAAGAGACGACAGAUCGAAAGAAGGAGUGAAUGAGCGAGACGGAACUUGUGAGCGAGUGAGACGGAGUGAUCGCGCGCGCGCCGCCGCCGUCUCAGUGUGUGUGUGUGUGCGUGCGUCGCCGGAGUGACUCUAUUCGCCGGCCGGCCGCCCUCAGUUACGCGCGCGUAUAGAUAAUAAUAGUAAUAAUAAUAAUAAUAAUAUAUAUUUUUUCUCGUACACCUAUACAAUAAAUUAUACUCUAUUAUCAAUCUGUUGUAAUUAAAUAUUUUCUGCUCAUAUUAUUAUAUGUAAUUAUUCCUCCUGCACCCCGCUCCGAUCGUAACGACAACCGCUAUCCCGCAGCCUCUGCCAUCACGGGAUGCGAUAAUAUAGAGUCGAGAUAACGAUAUUAUUUCCGCCGCCGCCGUCCCGUUUCGCUGCCCGAUCGGUUAACCGCCCGACCGCGGCCGUCGUGCUGGUUGUAUGCGACUAGGCAUAACCUUGUCGCUGCUUCCGCCAUCAUAGUCGACAUCAUAGUCUCCAUCUUCCGCCGUCACGUGCGUCUCGGUCUGUUCCACGUGCGACGACGACGGUCUACUGCGAGUCUGCGACGCUUUGCAAUAGGACAGUGAUUGCCGCGCGGUGGUGUCGUUGGUAACGGCGGCGGCGGUGGCGGCGGCGGCGGCAACAGCGGCCGACUUUUACUAUUGUUACUACUGGACUGCGGCGGCCGUCGUCUUCUGCUGCUGCAGCUGUCGGCGCCGGUGGUGUUGACGUUGUUGUUAUUGUUGUUUUUGUUGUUGUUGUUGUUGUUGUUGUUGUUGUGCACUUUUGCCACCUCCACCGUCGCCGUCACCAAUAAUUCCGGUCCGUCUCACCUACUGCAUCACACUCCGCCGAAGUGAUGCAACAACAAUGUGGUUUUUGCGCCGCUGUGUCCGACCUUUUCCGGAGGAUCAUGUGCUUUAACGGCAGUAGGAGGGGCAGCGACCAGUCGUACUAUCACGAACUUGACAUCGACGACCCUCAGAUCGCACUAGUGACCGCUGAUCCCACGAACGUAUCGACUAAUUCUCCAGACGUGAUUUAUAUUCGACUAAGAGACGACUCGCCCACAGAUGACCGGUGCAGGAGACGGUCGCGAAUGCUGUCUGAGGGAGAAGUGGUGCUACUCGAGUCGGUCGCCCAUCACGGUAAACGGUUACCCAACGGCCGGUUUCUCACCAUGCACAAACGUAGGCGGAAAAAGCUCACCACCCGAUCCUUAUCCAACGAGAAUGCGCCGGCGCUAUUGGACGACAUUCACCAUGGCCAAGUCCAGUGUGUGCUCAAGCACGUCUGGAAAUGGCCGUUCAACGCUUUUGCAUUAGACACAGCUACAGGGGGAAGAUCGCUUCCAGUACUUUGUGUUCAUCUUUUCCAUUGGUACGGUCUAAUGGAACAUUUCAAGUUGGACGUGGUCCAAGUUUGGAAACUUUUUAGUCUCAUAGAAGAAGGGUACCAUAGCACGAACCCUUACCACAAUGCCAUCCACGCUACUGACGUCACCCAAGCAAUGCAUUGUUUCCUGCAAGAAGACAAGUCUACAAACUUGUUUGCUAACACUUUUAAAAUGUGUAUCCAAAUAUACAAUCAUUCGAGAGAAAACAACUGUGCAGUACAAUUCAAUUUAAUCGCUUUGAAUUUGGUUAAGACAAAAACAGAAAUUACAAAAACAAAUGAAAAAGAUAUAAGUAWAAUAUACGAGUACAUUUUACUUGGUAUUUACGACAAAUCACUCAAAAUCAUAAUAAUUUAUAUUACCCCGGAUAAUAUUGAUAUACGCACGUAUGACGUAGUACGUACUAUAUCAAACAACAUGCCAUUGUUCUUCAAGUUUAUGGUGUUGCCGCUGUUCAAYCUGUGGCACAGAUUUUUGGACACCAAGCUGUCGCACUCGAUGAUGGAAAACCUGAGGAAGAACCAACAGCAGUGGGAAGAGCUCCGGGAACGCGAGAGCUGCGACGAGCAGCAGCUGAUUGCGGACGCCGACGACAUGAUUCUUGAACCGGAAAACGAUCCGGACACGCCGCAGCAGCAGCAGAACCGCCGGGGCUCACUUCCGGMCGUCAUGCUGGAGACCGUGGACAAGAUGGGCCGCCGGCACUCGGUGCCGCUGAACCUGGCCCGGGUCACCGGCCACGCGCUGCCGUGCACGAUGCUGCGCCGGGAAAGCCUGCAGGGCGCGCUGCYCUCGACGUUGCUGGUGCAAGUGGAAAACCGUCGACGUUUCACGCUGGGCCAGAUCCCGUACCUGGAAGAGGAGGAGGAGGGUCUGAGCAUUUCGGUUGGCUCGUCGAGGAGCAGCGGACUGCAGCGGUCGUCGGACGGCGGCGGUUGCGGCGGCGGCAGUAGCCACAUGGACGACCGGCCGGUGAGCGCCGAGAACCUGAUACCAGAGCCCAGCAUAGCGACCAUUACGAACACGGCCGACGCCAGCCGACUGUGCAACGUCAUACACGGCGUCACGUCGCCGGUUCUCGGGCACCAGUCGACGGCCGGAUGUUCCAGGGGCCUGACCAGGCAGCAGACGUUUCCGCCCAUCCAGCCGUACGUCCGGGCCAGGUAUCUGUCCACCGGCGGAGACACUGCGGCACCGUGUUCGUCGUCCAGCGGCGGCACGUCGGCCGUGUCCACGGCGUCCAGCCGGACUGGUUCGACCAGCAGCGAUGGUUGUCCGUCGGCGGGCGGCGGUGGCGGUGGCCACGGCGCCGGUGGAAACGGCACGAAGCGAGACUCGAUCCUGGACACAGACCGGGCGUUCAAGUUGGCCAGGUUUUCGUCCAACAAGGAGAAGGAGAACGUCGACCCGGCAGYACGGACCAAUGCGGAAAUCAGGCGUAACAGCAAUCACAUGAACCAGAUUUUGACGAGACGCCGAGGUUCAGCACCAGUUGGCGCCGGAAACGGUGAGAGUACUGGAUUCCUGACAGCCGGCAAGGGCCAAGAAGUGACCAUUCCAAGGCGCGGGUCUGUGCCAUCAGAUUUUUCCAAACAGAGUGCCCUUUUUAAGGUGGUGGCCACAGGGCCACUGUGCACAAAUAGCCCGAAGCAAGGCGCGAGACUCUUAACCAGUCUAAUGACGGUUUGCCAAUAUUCUGAACACCCUGCUGUAUAUUUUAGUGUGGUCCGUGUGACAAAAUUGAUAUCAAGUGUUUGGUCUUAA